UCGUGCGCUCUUCCGCCGAACCCGGAGGAAGUUGGAGAGGUUUACGACAGCGCCGGUCGUGUUUACGGCGCCGCCUACUGCGCGCGCAUAUCCUCUCCUUUACCGGUUUAUGGAGUGCAGCUGGUAACGCGGCCUCUGGCUCGGACCAUCUGUUGUCAUCCCGGCCGGCCAAGGCCAUUGCAGGUAUUGGAAGAUGGCAAAGUUCAUGACACCUGUGAUCCAGGACAAUCCCUCAGGCUGGGGUCCCUGUGCGGUUCCCGAGCAGUUUCGGGACAUGCCCUACCAGCCAUUCAGCAAAGGAGAUCGGCUGGGAAAGGUUGCAGACUGGACGGGAGCCACAUACCAAGAUAAGAGGUACACAAAUAAGUACUCCUCUCAAUUUGGUGGUGGAAGUCAAUAUGCUUAUUUCCACGAGGAGGAUGAAACUAGCUUUCAACUGGUGGAUACAGCACGCACACAGAAGACUGCCUACCAGCGGAAUCGGAUGAGAUUUGCACAGCGGAACCUCCGCAGAGACAAAGAUCGACGGAACAUGUUGCAGUUCAACCUGCAAACCCUGCCUAAGAGCGCUAAGCAGAAAGAGAGUUCCUCCAAUGAUUUGCCACCACAGAAACCCCGAGACUCUUCAGUCGAAGUUCGUAGUGACUGGGAGGUGAAAGAGGAAAUGGAUUUUCCUCAGUUGAUGAAAAUGCGUUAUCUGGAAGUAUCAGAGCCACAGGACAUCGAGUGUUGUGGGGCCCUAGAAUACUAUGACAAAGCCUUUGACCGCAUCACCACGAGGAGCGAGAAGCCCCUGCGGAGCAUCAAGCGCAUCUUCCACACUGUCACCACCACAGAUGACCCUGUCAUCCGGAAGCUGGCAAAAACUCAGGGGAAUGUGUUUGCCACGGAUGCCAUUCUGGCCACGCUGAUGAGCUGUACCCGCUCUGUGUAUUCCUGGGAUAUUGUCGUCCAGAGAGUUGGGUCCAAGCUCUUCUUUGACAAGAGGGACAACUCGGACUUCGACCUCCUGACAGUGAGUGAGACGGCCAACGAGCCUCCUCAAGAUGAAGGUAAUUCCUUCAAUUCACCCCGCAACCUGGCCAUGGAAGCGACCUACAUCAACCACAAUUUCUCCCAGCAGUGCCUGAGGAUGGGGAAGGAAAGAUACAAUUUCCCCAACCCAAACCCGUUUGUGGAGGACGACAUGGAUAAGAAUGAGAUCGCCUCUGUUGCGUACCGGUAUCGCAGGUGGAAGCUCGGAGAUGAUAUUGACCUUAUCGUUCGUUGUGAGCAUGACGGCGUCAUGACCGGGGCCAAUGGCGAAGUGUCCUUCAUCAACAUCAAGACACUCAAUGAGUGGGAUUCCAGGCACUGUAACGGUGUUGACUGGCGUCAGAAGCUGGACUCUCAGCGAGGGGCCGUCAUUGCCACUGAGCUGAAGAACAACAGCUACAAGUUGGCCCGGUGGACCUGCUGUGCUCUGCUGGCUGGAUCUGAGUACCUCAAGCUUGGUUACGUGUCUCGGUACCAUGUGAAAGACUCCUCGCGCCACGUCAUCUUGGGCACCCAGCAGUUCAAGCCCAAUGAGUUUGCCAGCCAGAUCAACCUGAGCGUGGAGAACGCCUGGGGCAUUCUGCGCUGCGUCAUCGACAUCUGCAUGAAGCUGGAGGAAGGCAAAUACCUCAUCCUCAAGGACCCCAACAAGCAGGUCAUCCGAGUGUACAGCCUGCCCGAUGGCACCUUUAGCUCUGAUGAAGAUGAUGAGGAGGAGGAAGAGGAGGAAGAGGAAGAAGAAGAGGAAGAAACUUAAACCAGACAGUGAUGUGAAGCUGGAAUUUGUAAUUCCACCGAGUCCAGAAGGGCCUUGGAGUGUUCGACUCUUGUUCUCUGACACUUGACAGAUGGAAUAAAAUAUAAGUCUGUUUAGUCU